UUCCGCCUUAUCCAUCCAUCACUUCCUGCAUGCGCAGACAACAUGGCAGCCCCCGUUGCUGUUCAUCUGGAGUUUGGAGGAGGAGCAGAGCUACUUUUCGAUGGUGUCAAGGAACAUCACGUAACUCUACCGAGUCAGUCUGAACCAUGGAAUAUGAAGCAGCUGCUGGUUUGGAUUCAACGGAACCUGCUGAAGGAGCGGCCCGAGCUCUUUGUCCAGGGAGACACGGUGAGACCUGGGAUUCUGGUGCUGAUCAACGAUGCCGACUGGGAGCUAAUGGGGGAACUUGACUAUCAACUCGAAGACCAAGACAACAUUGUGUUUAUUUCGACACUUCAUGGAGGAUAAAAAACAAAAAAGGACAGAUGUUUUAACCUAUACAUAAGAUUCCAGCCUUGUCUCCUCAUCCUUUCCUCUUUACCUCCCUUUAUUCUCACAUCCAAGCAACGACUCACCCUAUUGGGCGCUGACGGCUUGUUGGUGCUGUCACGAAGGUAACUUCUCGGCUGGAAUGAGGGGAAUUUUACAGCAUGCUAAAGGAAAUCUGUAAACUUGUCUGAUUAAACUAGAAAGCUAAAGGAAUCGGCCUUAACGUUUUAUAUAAAAUUUGAUGUCAGACUCGAAAGGAAGAUAUUUAUUUUGAUCUUAAUGGUUACAAGGGCCUCUAAAUGUAUGGAUGCAUGAUCGGCAAAUUUUUCUGUGAGGAUAUAUUAAAGAGAAUACAGAUUUAUUUCAUUUUUGGUUGUUUUUUUUUCUUCUUCUUUACAACUGUACCUCAGUGUUAUAAAUCAUUCACAUGCCUUUAUUUCCAUUCUGAUAAUAAACAUGUUUGUGUUAUUUCUA